CCCCCAGAGUGUGGCAGCGCUCCGCCAUAUUGACUGUUGUCUUGACUGGAGAAGAUAGGGAAACAUUUGUGAUCCUAGAACAAAUAGAAACCGUGCUUUUAAACAUCUCUAAACUAGUGCAACCGUGACCAAAGGCUAUAUCCGAUAUCUGCGUGAUGGCGAGGAAGAAAAGCAAACAACAAGGAGUCGCGAGCAAGGAGUUAGUGUCCGGACAACAGAGCAUAUCGAAGAGCCCCGUCUCUCCCGGAGAUGCAGCUGGCGGUGAUGCAGGGCUGGAUAGACUGGCGGCCAGGGCGAAUCAGCCGAGGCACACCUGCUGCCUCCUGUGUCACCGUGAGUUUAAGGACUGGGGGGCGAGCUCUGCCAACGGUCUCCCUGGGGGUCACGGGGCGAAGCUAGCUGACACUGUCCCAGCCCUGUCCCAGGCCCUGCUCCGAGAGGUGCCGGGCCAGAAGCUGUCCGACACCGUGCCUUCGCUGAGCCAGUCUCUACUGGGAGAGGUUCCGCUCUGGAUCUGCCAGAGCUGCCGGAAGAGUGUUGAGGAAGAGGAGAGACAGAGCACCCAGGAAACGCCUGCACCGGUUCCGUUGUCCCACUCAUCGUUGUGUAAGGCUCAGAGUUGUGGGAAUGGUUACCCAGAGCAGAGCUCGGUAGACUGGGACCCAUCCUCCUUCCUCUCAGCCCACAAGCUUUCUGGUCUCUGGAACUCGGCUCACAGCAACGGAGGGAUCCACUGCAACCACAGCACUGCCUCGCACCCACAGCAAGGAACAGGGGGACCAGCGUGUCACGAGAAGCGAGGCUCUCAUGAGGCUCCUGGGAAAUCUGCUAAAACGCCUGGGGCCAAAGUGUGCCCCUACAGUCACCCUUCCCAGAAUUCCAGUGGUUCUUCCCCCGGGAACCCGCUCUCUACCUCCGGGGACCUCUGUAAGACCACCCCAAAGCACUUCAAGACCAUGUGCCGACGACCAACACCGCCUGGCGAAGCAUUCCACCCCAGCGACCACCACCAACACUCAGACCUGUCUGUCCCCCCCAACAGUCCCACUGGCCUCUCCUCCUCCUCUCAGCAUUCCUCUCUCCUGCCCCUCAAGCAGAGCUCCGGAGGGCAGCAGCACGGCCAUGUCACAUCCUCCUCCUCUCCCGGUCUAGCUGCUCACGCCCCCUUCUCCCCGCUGGUACCAAACCUCCAUGUCCCCGCGGCAGGGGCCAAGCUGGGGGCCCUGGGUGGCCCUGACUGCCCAACAGGGGCCAAGCUGGGGACCCUGAGUGGCCCUGACUGCUCAGCAGCGGUCCUCCAUAAGCCCUUGGCAUGUAAGAACUCACACAUUCCUCCUGUGAACGGCCAGCACAGCAAACUGGGCCCCUCCCUGAUGGGCUGUAACCACCCCUGUAAUGGCCACAGUGGGGGGGCGCUGCCCUCUUCCAACGUGGGACACCUGACCGCUGGGCAACACCUGACCGCUGGGCAACACCUGACCGCUGGGCAACACCUGACCGCUGGGCAACACCUGACCGCUGGGCAACACCUGGCCGCUGGGCAACACCUGACCGCUGGGCAACACCUGACUGCUGGGCAACACCUGACUGCUGGCGCCUGCAGGGACCAGGCGUGUAAAGGACAUAAGCUGUCUAACGGUGCGGGGGGGUUGUGUCACCCCCCUUCGGAGCUGGAGGAGGGAGAGGACGAGGACUCUAGUUCUGAGAGGAGCUCCUGUGCUUCCUCCUCAAACAACCAGAAGGAUGGGAAGUACUGUGACUGCUGCUACUGUGAGUUCUUCGGACACAACGCGCCCCCGGCGGCUCCGACCAGCCGUAACUACACAGAGAUCCGAGAGAAGCUCCGGUCCCGGCUGACGCGUCGUAAGGAGGAGUGUCUUCCCCAGAGACGGGACUCUGACCCGGCCGUGUCCACCUCCAUCGACCACCGAGACGUGGACGAGCUGCUGGACUUCAUCAACUCCUCAGAGCACAAACCAGCCAACAGCGCUAAGGCUGCCAAGCGGGCACGCCAUAAACAGAAGAAGAAGGAGAAGCAGACCCAGGCCGGUAGUGGUGAUGGUGAGGGAGCUGGUAGCGACCCCCCCUCCACCCCUCCAGAGCCCAGUGAGGACCCAGACCACCUCAGCCUGGAGGAGGAGGAGGAGGAGGAGGAGGAUGUGGAGUACGGUGAGGACCCGGAGGCUAGUCGGCUGCUGGAGUGGCCCCAGCUGGAACUAGAGAGGGUCAACUCCUUCCUGACCUCUCGGCUAGAGGAGAUCAAAAACACCAUCAAGGACUCUAUCCGGGCCUCGUUCUCCAUGUACGACCUCAACCUGGAUGUGAAUGACUUCCCCAAAAAAGCGGCUACUCUGGAGGGCAACCAUCUUCUCUCCCACCUCAACGGCUCCUCCUGCUCUGACCUGCAGCAGAUAGACCUCGACCUGGCCCCUCUCUCCCUGGGUACCUUCAAGAGCCAUCUGGACCUGGUCAGCGGCUGGGAGGAGGCCCAUCCCCGGGACAACUCCCCCAUCGGCCCCAUCUCACCCCCGGCUUGUGCUACUGUACCUGGGGUAGGGGGACCAUGGGCUGCGGCUGGUACUGUGGCGAAGGAUGUUCAGAGGCUCCACACCACCCCCAGCCUCUCCAAGCUGAUCCGGGUGCGCUCCCCAGAGAGGUGCCCCUCUGCUAGGCCUGAGAAUAAACACCAGGUCCCUGCUUCGAUCCAGACCCAGGGCUCUAUUAAGGUAGCUAAGCCUAAAGAGGAGACCCCAGCGGAGCCCAAGAACAUGACUACCCCUACACCUGGGGUUAAUGUUGGGGCUGGUAGGAACAUGACUACCCCUACUCCUGGGGUUAAUGUUGGGGCUGGUAGGAACAUGACUACCCCUACUCCUGGGGUUAAUGUUGGGGCUGGUAGGAACAUGACUACCCCUACUCCUGGGGUUAAUGCUGGGGCUGGUAGGAACAUGACUACCCCUACUCCUGGGGUUAAUGUUGGGGCUGGUAGGAACAUGACUACUCCUGGGUCUGGGGUUAAUGUUGGGGCUGGUAGGAACAUGACUACCCCUACUCCUGGGGUUAAUGUUGGGGCUGGUAGGAACAUGACUACUCCUGGGUCUGGGGUUAAUGUUGGGGCUGGUAGGAACAUGACUACCCCUACUCCUGGGGUUAAUGUUGGGGCUGGUAGGAACAUGACUACUCCUGGGUCUGGGGUUAAUGUUGGGGCUGGUAGGAACAUGACUACUCCUGGGUCUGGGGUUAAUGUUGGGGCUGGUAGGAACAUGACUACUCCUACUCCUGGGGUUAAUGUUGGGGCUGGUAGGAACAUGACUACCCCUACUCCUGGGGUUAAUGCUGGGGCUGGUAGGAACAUGACUACUCCUACUCCUGGGUCUGGGGUUAAUGCUGGGGCUGGUAAGCUGAAGAAGGGCAAGAAGCAGCAACGUCAGGACCAGCUGCCUCCAGAACAGAACCAGACCAGACCCGGAUCCAAAGCAGCUGCGGAGUUGCAGAAAACUGGUCCCAACAGUUCUGAUGCUGUGGGUUCUAAGGCUGGUUCUGGUUCCAAACCACCACCUCACUCGGCUGAGAGCCAGAGAACCGGGGCAAGGAGGGCGGAGGAGACCAGACCCACCCGUCAGCAGGCCACCAACGGGACAGUGAGUAGCUCUGGUGCUCCCAGCACCCAAAGAGGGAAGGGGGAGGAGCAAGAGGCCAAAGGUCACUCUGUCACCUCAACCAAUCACAACCAAGCCCAGCAGCAGCAGCAACCCAAGGGGAAGAAUAAGAAGAACAAGAACAAGGGAGAGAAAACCAGCCGCAACAUCGACGAUGUGUUUCUCCCUAAAGACGUGGACCCAAAAGAAAUGGAUGAGAUUGAUCGUGAGGUGGAAUACUUCAAAAGGUUUUGCCUUGACUCUGCUAAACAGACCCGUCAGAAGGUUGCAGUAAACUGGUCCAACUUUACCCUCAAAAAGGUUCCUUCCAACGCAGCCCAGUAACUGACCCCCCCCCCCCCCCCCCCCCCCAACACAACUAUGUCCAUACAACCCCGACGGCCUGAGGCCUUCUCUCAUUCCCACUCUUCGUCCUCCUCCUCUGUUUCCUCACCAAGCCAAGGGACCCUGGUGCAACACCAUUUUCCAGUCGGGACUGCGAUACUGCGUUGCUAUUGGCUGACAGCCAGGGAUCAUUCACACACAGGGGCGACUGAGACUAGACUUUGCUGUUUUGCAACGAGGGAGAAGAGAUCCAGGUUGAAACAUGGAGAACUGGCAGCCUUCUGUUUAUCAGAUCUAAUCUACUGUGUACUUCACUAUGUAGUAUGGAAAACAGUUACCUUAUACAAUAAAAAAAAAUGUAUUUUUAUUGCAA